AACAACAUUUUUUCCCACAACUUUACCAAUCAAGACAGAGUUGGAGACAACAACAUUUACAACAGAAGGUCAGACUACCAUACCUGGACAAAAACUCCAUAUACUACACCAGUCGGUCCAAGUUCAACACCUGGACACACAACUAAACCAGGCACAACACAAGGUCAGACUACCACAACUGGACAAACAAGCAAACCCGGUACAACAGAAGGUAAGACUACCAUACCUGGACAAACAACUCCAUAUACUACACCAGUCGGUCCAAGUUCAACACCUGGACACACAACUAAACCAGGCACAACACAAGGUCAGACUACCACAACUGGACAAACAAGCAAACCCGGUACAACAGAAGGUCAGACUACCAUACCUGGACAAACAACUCCAUAUACUACACCAGUCGGUCCAAGUUCAACACCUGGACACACAACUAAACCAGGCACAACACAAGGUCAGACUACCACAACUGGACAAACAAGGAAACCCGGUACAACAGAAGGUCAGACUACCAUACCUGGACAAACAACUCCGUAUACUACACCAGUCGGUCCAAGUUCAACACCUGGACACACAACUAAACCAGGCACAACACAAGGUCAGACUACCACAACUGGACAAACAAGCAAACCCGGUACAACAGAAGGUCAGACUACCAUACCUGGACAAACUACUGAAACACAUGUUACUUCCACUACUGAAUCAAGCCCUGCAACUACUAUCAUUACAGAGCAUACUACAACAUUUGAACCAUCUACUGAUGGAGGUUCUGGUGAAAGUGAAACAACAUUUUUUCCCACAACUUCACCAAUCAUGACAGAGUUGGAGACAACAACAUUUACAACAGAAGGUCAGACUACCAUACCUGGACAAACAUCUACGUAUACUACACCAGUCGGUCCAAGUUCAACAACUGGACAAACAACUAAACCAGGCACAACACAAGGUCAGACUACCAUACCUGGACAAACAACUCCAUAUACUACACCAGUCGGUCCAAGCUCAACACCUGGACACACAACUAAACCAGGCACAACACAAGGUCAGACUACCACAACUGGACAAACAAGGAAACCCGGUACAACAGAAGGUCAGACUACCAUACCUGAACAAACUACUGAAACACGUGUUACUUCCACUACUGAAUCAAGCCCUGCAACUAGUAGCAUUACAGAGCAUACUACAACAUUUGAACCAUCUACUGAUGGAGGUUCUGGUGAAAGUGAAACAACAUUUUUUCCCACAACUUCACCAAUCGUGACAGAGUUGGAGACAACAACAUUUACAACAGAAGGUCAGACUACCAUACCUGGACAAACAACUACGUAUACUACACCAGUCGGUCCAAGUUCAACAACUGGACACACAACUAAACCAGGCACAACACAAGGUCAGUCUACCACAACUGGACAAACAAGGAAACCUGGUACAACAGAAGGUCAGACUACCAUACCUGGACAAACUACUGAAACACAUGUUACUUCCACUACUGAAUCAAGCCCUGCAACUAGUAGCAUUACAGAGCAUACUACAACAUUUGAACCAUCUACUGAUGGAGGUUCUGGUGAAAGUGAAACAACAUUUUUUCCCACAACUUCACCAAUCGUGACAGAGUUGGAGACAACAACAUUUACAACAGAAGGUCAGACUACCAUACCUGGACAAACAACUACGUAUACUACACCAGUCGGUUCAAGUUCAACAACUGGACAAACAACUAAACCAGAGACAACACAAGGUCAGACUACCACAACUGGACAAACAAGCAAACCCAGUACAACAGAAGGUCAGACUACCAUACCUGGACAAACUACUGAAACACAUGUUACUUCCACUACUGAAUCAAGCCCUGCAACUACUAUCAUUACAGAGUAUACUACAGCAUUUGAACCAUCUACUGAUGGAGGUUCUGGUGAAAGUGAAACAACAUUUUUUCCCACAACUUCACCAAUCAUGACAGAGUUGGAGACAACAACUUUUACAACAGAAGGUCAGACUACCAUACCUGGACAAACAACUCCGUAUACUACACCAGUCGGUCCAAGUUCUACACCAGUCGGUCCAAGUUCAACAACUGGACAAACAACUAAACCAGGCACAACACAAGGUCAGACUACCACAACUGGACAAACAAGGAAACCCGGUACAACAGAAGGUCAGACUACCAUACCUGGACAAACUACUGAAACACAUGUUACUUCCACUACUGAAUCAAGCCCUGCAACUAGUAGCAUUACAGAGCAUACUACAACAUUUGAACCAUCUACUGAUGGAGGUUCUGGUGAAAGUGAAACAACAUUUUUUCCCACAACUUCACCAAUCGUGACAGAGUUGGAGACAACAACAUUUACAACAGAAGGUCAGACUACCAUACCUGGACAAACAACUACGUAUACUACACCAGUCGGUCCAAGUUCAACAACUGGACAAA